UUCAAACAUCAGUGUGCAGAGCCUGAUCAGUCUUUGUCUCUAGUUCACUUAGGGGGUGCAAAGCAGUCUGUUAAUUAACUCUUGCAGUGGCUGAAGGGGAGGAUUCUCUGAAUGGUACUCUUGGUUGAGUUGUUAAAACAAUAUUUUGCCACUGUGUUUUCUGGUAUGCUGAUGCAUCUAAAUAUGCAGAUGGAUAAUAUUUACUCCCCUCUACAGUUUUUUUCGGAUAGCUAGGCAAUCCUAGGCCUCACAGCAAUUCUCAAGAGCACCAGGCACUGUGGAGUUAUCCUGGAAACAGCCUCCAUCCCUUAAGUUUGAUAACGCUCACCUGUGUCUGUUAGCUAAUGUAAUUUCACAUCCAGGGAACUAGGAGCCUUGGAAAGGCUUGUGAAUUUAAGUAAUCUAUAUGUUAGCGGCGUUUUGGACUCUGUAGAGCAAGUAACUUUUAACUUCAGAAGACUGCUUUGCCCAUUAGUCUCUUUUACUGCCUCCUAAAGCGACUGUCGCCUUAAUUCAUCGCUGCCUCUUCUGUAGCUUUUCUCACUUCGUACGUGUUACUCGCCUAUCAUUUUUCCGGUAGGACCUCUUCACAGCCACGCUGCCGUAACCUUUCUCUGCUCGGGGGAGACGCCGCUCUGCCCCCGGGCAGCGCACGGUUCUGGCGCCCGGAGCGAACGGUCGCGGGAACCGCCCGAGUGCCGCGUGCUGCCCGAACGGGGCGGGGGAGGUUCGGUGCGCGAUGCGGCCCGUCGACUCCGCCCCCGUAAGAGGCCGGGGCGGGGCUGCACGGUGCUUGCUGCAGGAACCCGCCCUUUAAGAGCCGCCUCCUGCCGCCGCGGAGCCGUGUGUCGCCGCCCGACCUUGCCCGGCGCCGCCAUGGUCUCCUGGAUCAUCUCCCGUCUCGUGGUGCUGAUAUUCGGUACGCUCUACCCCGCCUACUCCUCCUACAAGGCCGUGAAGACGAAAAACGUGAAGGAAUAUGUAAAGUGGAUGAUGUACUGGAUUGUUUUUGCCUUUUUCACCACUGCAGAAACACUCACAGACAUUGUUCUUUCUUGGUUUCCCUUUUAUUUCGAGUUGAAAAUCGCAUUUGUGAUUUGGCUGCUCUCUCCUUACACCAAGGGCUCCAGUGUCCUCUACAGGAAGUUUGUGCACCCAACGCUCUCCAAUAAGGAGAAGGAAAUUGAUGAAUACAUUACUCAGGCUCGUGACAAGAGUUAUGAAACCAUGAUGCGAGUUGGCAAAAGAGGAUUAAACCUGGCUGCAAAUGCAGCAGUUACUGCAGCUGCAAAGGGCCAAGGAGUUUUGUCUGAGAAGCUACGAAGUUUCAGCAUGCAGGAUCUCACUCUGAUCCGGGAUGAAGAUGCUGUGCAUUUGCAAAGCCAUGAGUCACAGCUUCGCCCCUCUGGAGGAACUCUCCUUGAAACUAUUGAAGAUUCAGCUUCCUGUUACUCCUCAGGAGAGGAGAGCGGCAUGGCACAGAGGCCUAAUGGAACCCCAUCAGAGAUUAGAACAGACCCAUCAGAUGAAGAUGCAGGAGACAAACUGCCAAAACGUACACAGAGCCUCAAAGCUCCCAAGAAGAUGACAAAAUCUGAGCUGCCUGUAAAAAGUGUGAAAGCCCGCCCUAAGAAGAAAGCUGCAGGUUCUCUUACUUCUGCAGAGUCAUCCUAAGGAGACCUCCCCUCCAUAACACCCGUCCUGUCCCAGGAUUUGCCUGUAGCUAUUGAGUGGAAACUCUCCAAAGGAAGGGAGCUGAGAUUAAUGUACAUAACAGAUACUGCUUUGUAGAGCUCGCUCUAAGGUCAAGGGGGGAAGCUGGGAUUCAGAACAUGGAAUAGAGGAUGCACAUCCUCAGGAAUUUUCUCCUUUUCAUCCCCUCUUGGAGAAAGUGCUAAUGUGUCUGUACAUAACCUGUUGCUUUGAAAUUCCCUCCCUAUAACCCUAGCUGGAGAGAAUCUUGAUGAGGAGAACUGACUAGGGUUAGAGAUACCUGUUGCACUGAUGCUGGAAAAAUAAUUAGACAAUGGAGUUCCUUGGGGUUGGGUGGCUCCCCACAUUGUCUUAUUUUGCUCUGGGUAUCCUUCUGCAGCUGUGUUAAGAAGUGCCCACAACGAUUCAUCCGUCUUAAGAACGGACCACAACUGUCAUGUCCAUCCCCUUCCAGAAGGUAACUUAAAUGAUGUAUGCUGAGUGCUUUUGAAUGUAAAGGACUCGCUCAUGGGAGGAGUAAACCAGAUUAUGGAUUUUAGUACUGGAAGAUGAGCUUGUUUUUAUUUUUCUAAAAGGUUAGUGAGGCAAUUAGUAAGCUUAGUUAUGAAGAAAAUCUGCUGUUGUCUGCAUACAUGAAGGAGCAGAUACAGAUAUCCAUGGGAGGUAACUGUUGAGAAGGAAAGGUGAUCAUUCAUAAGAUUUUGGCAAUUUCCUUUUUUUUUUUUUUUUUUUUUUUUAAAGCCACUUGAAUUUUAUUUCUGUUGUUCACUUUGAUUCCUGUAAAAUCAUCAGAGUGAGAGGAUUUCCGUGUAGUGGGAAAAGCAGUCAGGGGGAAUGUUGCUUUGCCAGUUAUUGAAUUCCGUGUCACAAUGAUGCUUUUCUACAGACUGAUUCUUACUUUCUAGCAGAUUUCUGGGGAAAAUCUGACUCACUGUAGUUUGCAGACAUACUAGAGAAUUCCAGAAGCCCUUGUCUUUCAGCUUUAGGAGAUCUAUUCUCAGAGUACAAGAACAGACAAAUAGCUGAUGUACGAGCUUGUCUAAUUGCAGAAUUCAAUUUAUGGAGGAUAAAAGAGAGGUGGAGUGACUAGGGCUCACUAUUCUGCUUUAUCAGUCAUCUUGCUUUAUCCUACUCCAGCUCUUGCACAAAUUUUCUUUUUUGACCAUUAGCCAUGUUUAUCAAUGUUCUGAGACCUGAGCAACAUCCAGUGCUUAUAACAGAAUUACAUUGUAUGUGGAAUGUAUGUUGUGGGAGUGAAACUGCAGAGAAAAGAUGAAUAGAAAUGCAUAGUUCUCCUGUUGUUGAGUUCUGUAAUGGGGGAGCACCGUCACAGAGAGCUCAUGAUGCAGACAUUCAUAUUUGCUUGUGUCUCUUGCUGUAUAUUUCUCAAAUUACAGUAGAUUCAUCGCAGAGACCCAGCAUUUUGUUAUUGACAAUGUAUAGAAUCCCUGCUGUAAGAUUCCACAAAUAUUUCUGUCCUAAAGAAUAGCCCUUCGGAAAUCUGUAAAGUUGAAGAUUGAGGCUGAAUUUUUCAUUUCAUAUUGUCUUGAUGACACAUUAUUAUGAAUUACCUAAUGUUUGGGGAAAACAAUUAAGUUGUUUCUACUUUUCUUUGUCACUUUUAAAAUUUUAAACCUUAACUGACUAUGUUAAAAACUUGUAUCUUGUCAUAAGUAGUUGUCCUAAAGUGUGCACAAAUUCUUACCCAGGAUCCAAUUGAAAAUCUUUGAUUUGACUUUGGGAUUUGAGUUGGGGAGGCAAAGGGUGGAAGGGGAAGUAGAAAAUGUUCAUUUUUUCUUCUGUUAGAAAACACUGUAUACAUGCCUCACUAAUACAUGGAAUGGCAAGUACUACAGCAAGAAUUCUCUCUGUUCCCAGUGAAAAUACCUCUCCUUGUUGAAUAUGAGGAAGAUUAAGUUGUGAGGAGUCGUUCAGUACAAGAAACUCUAGGACACAAGACAAACUAUUAUUCUCUAUACUCAAAAUACCUCUAUAUAACCAUAUUUCUGUAUUCUUCUUUCCCAACUAAAAAUCUCCAUGGCAAAUUAUUUAUCUAAAUCAGUGUGAGGGAGUUGAUUUGGAGGCAAAGGAUUAGUUAGUCUGUCCUUAUGCUAAUCUUUCUGCCUUCUUGUGCAAAUGCUUUGAUAGUCUCUGAUUAUUUGGUUUUCAUACACUGACUUUCCAGAAUGCUUUCUAGAUUCAGUUCAUCUGCAGUAACUUGUCCUGCUUUUAAUUGCAAGAAGAAUUUCUGAAGACUCAAUUUUGGUGUUUGGAUUUGCUUUUGUCCUCCUGAACUAGAUGCUUUACCAAGUAUCUUUUACUUAACAUUGAUGCUUGAUAUCAUAGCCUUUGGGUAAGUAUGGGUCAGUCGCUCUGACUUCUUGUAUAGGGAGACUAAAUUAUUUCUUUUUUUAAUUGAGAAUCUGGAGUAAUUACAGGCUAAAUGGAGUAUGUGAGAUACAAAGCUGAUGAUGUUAGCAGAACUUAACCCGGAGCAAGAGAAUGUCUUAUAUGGACACUGUUUUCUUCUUCCAGUACAAAUGUGACUGCUAAAUUUCACUCUGCUUGAUCAAAGCCUCUGCAGACCUGCCACCACCCUUAGUGAGUUCCUAGAUAUAGUUCUGCACUGGAUGACAUGGUCUUGCAUAGAAAUUCUCUUGCUAAUGAGAGUGCUGAAUGUGCUGUUUUGGUAAAAUGCUUUUAACAGCUGUUGUUCAAUGUUUUCAUCAGGAAAUGCUAGACUGUAGUUUCUAUUCAGUAUCUUCUGUGAGCUUGAUUGUGUAAUUAAGCAAAUGGUUAAAUCCAUACCUUGCAGUAGAACCCACUGAGUUCAGAAAGCAUUUAUACCUCUUUUCUCAUAACAUAAUUUCCUCUGGACACAGAAAGAAACGCAGAAAGAAAGAGAUUCCUAGAGAACCCUGAAUUUCCAGAAAUCAAUACUUUUGAAUUUUAUUUCUCUAUUGCCGUCUUGAUCGGCAGGAAGUGUGUGCCUUAGGAGGAAAUUGGGGCGGUUCUCUGGCCGCACAGAGCAUUGUAUGAAGGUGGCUUGUGUGUUAACUGUGUAGUGUCGAUGAGCCUGAGAACAACUGUUGAGCUGUUCUGAGUUUUUCAUUCUGUCUUCCAAACUUGCAUGCAAUUCUAGAAAGUAUGGGUUAUUGCCUAAGAGAGAAAUCUGGAGAGAGGAAGAAAAUUCUUAUCCUUCUUUCUGAUGAAGACAUUGCAUUGACAUAUUAGUCUGCUGUUUGCUGGGGAGAUGCUGAAUGACAUUCCUCUAUGUAAUUGUUUAGAUUUAGAGAUGUUCUUAGAUUCCUUUUGGGAACCACCAGGCUGACACAUCUUGUGCUGCUCUCUGAGUUGCCCUGUGAAUACACAUAGAAAACCUGCAAAAUAUUCUUGAGGCUGUGUGAGUUCAGAGAAUGGUUGAGUUCGGAAGGGGAUCUCUGCAAGUCAUCUGGUCUAACAGGCCUGCUUGAGCAGGGCUACCUAGAGCUGGUUGCCCAAGAGUUCCUGUGUUAUACGUGGUCUGGAGCCCACUGAAUUUGAUGUUUUGUUAAUGGUUGAAUUCAAUGUUUUUCUAUAUGCAUAAAUGCACACGCAACAUGGGAAUGUACUUCAGGGUUACCAAGGAGGAAGGAUCGGAGAAGGGUGACCUUUCAUCUGGAAUUUGGCACUAUUACAUGAUGCUGUAAACAGCUCAGUUUUAUGUUGUUUCUAGGGUGCUGUGGCUAAUGGCUUCAAAUGAGAAGAGAUCUUAAGGAGUGUGCAGAGCAUCUAGUGGGAACAAAUAGUUUGAAGGUUAAUGAAGACAAUAAGCUUUCACAGUAGCAAAGAACCUGUCUUGUGACAUAGGGUAGGGUGAAAAUGGGCUAUGUGUGGUACAGAUUUGUCUAGGAAAUAGUGACAACUUUUUUCUGAACCUCUGACCUUACUUCAGCUCUGCACUCUACAGAUUGGAAUCUGAUUUCUCUCUUACAGAAACCAUCCACCUUUCUAAGCUGGGCUUGACCUAUGUGUAUUUAGAUUCUUGAACCUUUCAUCAUUUCAGAACCAUAGAGUUUGAAUUUUUCCUCAGUGGUCAGUCGGACUGUGGGAAGUACCUGAUAAAUAUCAAGCAUUUUGUAGUAGACAUCUUAUACUAGGAAAACACUAGCAAAGAGCUCCAGAGGAUAGGUUAAUUUGGGAAAUUGAAUGCACAAAGCCUGUAUUUUGCACCUCCUAAAUGCUGGAUUUUGCUACAGUCAUGUACCAGCUAUCUGUAGAAUCUCAAACAUUCCAUGUCAUAAUUGUCAGUGUUCUGUUUGUAAAGAAAAACUGGAAUCACAAUAACAUGAAGUGAUAAGCAUGCUUUUUAUUUUGUUUUGUUUUUCCUGGUAAUUAGGUUGUAUCUACUGCUUUUCCUAAACUUUUUCUAUGAACACAUAACAAGCAAGUCAUUAUUUUCUUGCUCUGUUUCUCAGCUCUGACACCCUAAAAGUAACAUUUGUGAGAAGAUGCAAAAUUGAAAGUACUUUCGGUGUUUCAUAUAAUGGGCAACUUUCUGAGCUGUAUCUGAAAUGUUUGCUGCUACAGCUGAAAUGCAGUGCUAAACUGACUAAUCAAAGAUAAGAAAUUUAGUCAUAGUCUUUGCAGCAGGUCAGAAAGAGAGAGCUUUGCUAAAUGGCAAACAAAUAUAGGCAGUACUGCCAGAGUACAUUUCAUAGCAGUCUUGUAGGAAUAACAGCUUGGGUGUGGAUAAGUAAGUCUCAGUAAGUAUCAAUGCAAGUAGUUGACUUGCAGCAAAAUUUAACCGGUUGAUUUGCCUUGUUUCUUGACAAGGAAGAUUAGCCUAGCUCAUCCAUGCAAAUAAACUGUGUAUAGGUGUCUAUACUCUGUGUAUUUAAACAGUGGGCAAUUACAACAUGUUUAAAGAAACUCUUUUUUUGCUUUUUUCCUCUCUGCCCUUUCAGACAAACGAGGAAAAAAAAAAACAAACAAACAAGCAAAGAAAAAAAAAAAAAACCCAAGAAAUUUCCUAGUUUUCAUAGUUUCCAUUGCUUUGGUAACAGUAGGAGAAAAUAAGUUUUCUGGUUAUUAUCCAGAGUUUGGACAAAAUGUUGUUCUGUCAUACAGGAGAUGGGCCUCAAGCAUGCUUGCACCGUUAAGGGUGGGAGAUAUUUCUCUUGAAGCUUUGUUGGAAAUGCCUCUUUGGCGCACAGGUAGUGUGUGUGUUUAAAAUGCAUUGAAAAAUAUUCUGAAAUUGAGAGUAAGAAGCACUUGUGUGUAGUUUAUCUUGUUUGCUUAUAAUUUGUAUGAGGUAAUGAAGAUUUUUGACUCGCCAUGUAUCAGAAUUGUGGUAUCUAUAUUCAUGACAACGGACAUCGGAAAUGCAUAAAUGAGCACUGAAGCAUUUCUACUACCCAGCUGGUACAUUUUAUGAGAGGUAAGUUAGACUUAAAGUAUGAAUAUCUUAAUUCUACGUUAUAGUUUUCUAGAGAGAUAACUAUGUCAGGGACUGUACGAACAGAAUGGUUACUCUCUAACAAAUUAUUAGCUUUCGUGUGUGAAUGAAAGCCAGUAAGAUAGCCUCCAUAAGAUAAAUUCCUUCAAAUAGUGUUUAAAGUACUCAACGAUAUUUUACCAUCUUAAUUCAGUGUUUUGCUGAAUAUCACCUUUUUACACAGCUUAUCACUUCUGCGUGUGCACUUGACUACCUGUCUUAAGGGAUCUGAGGGUUCUGGUUGACAGCAAAUUGAACGUGCGUCAGCAGCGUGCACUGGCAGCCAAAAUGGCCAACUGUACCCUGGGCCAUAAUAUAAGGGUCUAGGGGGCAAGAUGUAUAAGGAGCGGACAAUGUGAUUUUGUUUGCUCAGCCCAGAGCAGGGAAGAAUGAGGAGAGGCCUCAUGGUGGCCUACGGUUCUUCAUACGGAGUGGAGGGGCAUUGCUGAGCUCUGAUCUCUGGUGGCGGGGACAGGACUCAAGGGAACGAUAUGGAGCUUUGUCAGGAGGAGUCAGGCUGGAGGUUUGGGAAGAGUUGUGCAUCAGAGGGUGGUGAUCAUGGAACAGGCUCCCCAGGGUAGUUACUAAUCGUGGCCCCAAGCUGCUAGAGAUCAAGAAGUACUGGGACAACACUCAGAUGGUAGUGUUUGAUUUUUUUUUUUUUUUUUGGGGUGGUCCUGUAUGGAGCCAGGAGUUAUACUCGAUGGUCCUUGUGGGUCCCACCAAACUCGUGAUAGAUUGUAAUUCUAACUGUGAAUAUCAGAGAACAUUUUCCACCAGAGUACAAGUAGUUUUGACUCUCAUUUUCAAAAAUUAAUUCCCAGUGCAAGCAGAGGAAAAAAAGUCAAAGCCAGAGAAAAUUGUAUGGAAUAUCAGAGGAACCUUGCCAAAAAGGGAUCGGCGAGAAUUCAUUUGAGGGAAUGUUUUUCAUUAUUUACUCUCACAAGUUGAUUCCAACCGAUUCUUAGAACUUUCAGGAGCAGAGUGUAAACAAUGCUGCACAAAAUGUUGUAAGGCAAACUUUUGCUCAGAAAGCAGGUCAGCACCCAGAAUGCUCUCCUGUCAAGCGUUAAUUGCAAUCUUGAGUUAUUUACUGGUCAUUACAUGUCAGUGGAGAUGUAAAGUAUAGAAAGAGAAGAUUCUGCUGGAAAAUUACAAAGUCAGGAAAGUAGUUGUGUGAAGAUACAACUGAGGGAACUGCAGCAGAUUAUCUUGAAGAAUUACGACAAAAACAUGCCAUGAGGAUUUAAAAUAGAGAAUUGUUAAAGAUGUUAAGGAGUAGCAGGAUUCAGUUAAUAAAUUGGGAAAUUGGCAGUUGUGUGUAUUUUGUUGUUGUUGGAUUACCUGUGCCAUCACUUGCUUCACACAGUUCCAGAUUUUACAAUUUAGGUAAUGUUUUUACACAGAAACUAAGUUUUUUUAUCUUAAGUAAUGCUUAUGACUUAACAACAAGAAAGCAAGCUGAAUUUCUUUUGAUGACUUUCUUAAACAACACGGAUCUUCAAACCUUAGUUUGUAUUCAUGGUGCUGCCUCCUGGGGAAAUCACUGAGUUGAUGGACUUGUCACUUCUGAUUUUCCUGCUCAUAUUAUUUCUCAAAUGUUGAGAAUCGCACAGGUAGAUGAAACUUUUAUUUUGACAUUUGACCCUGAAUUCACAUCUAAAUUCAGGUAUGCUGAGCUAUGUAUGAGCUAGCAUUGUAUGAAUGAGAGUCCAGAGAGAAAAUGGAAAAGCUGAGAUGAAUCUAGCCAGGCAAAGGUCGCUGAAAGACCUUCCUUGAAGUGCACAAAUUAAAGACUACAUAAUAAUGCUUGUUUCUGCUAUAACAUUUUCGUGAUAAUGUUUCCCAUUAGCGCAGUUCUGAUCCAAAGGCAUUUAAUUCACAGGGUUGUGAAUUUAUGUUUGCCCACCAGAGGGCAUGAUGCAACGUAAAAUCACUGAAAGUGAGGGAGCAAAGACCUGCCUGAAAAUAGCUUGAGUGUGACUGGUCGAACAUCUUUUAAGUGAACUUCCUGCUUAGAAAGAGAGGGCAUAAAUAAGUAAAAUCGACCUUAAAAAAUAAAAAGAAAAAAAAGGGAGGGGCCGUAGCAGAGAAAUAUGAAGUAAUGCUGCAGAUGUCUCCUAUCUAAAAAGGCUGUUUAAUCUUGCUGGGCUUUUUAAUUUAAAUAUUUUCUACCAAAGCUUAUGGAUACAACAGUAGUAGACAAUAACUGUCCUCAAAGCUUUUAAUUGUCCAUUCAGACUGUUUUCUAGCUCACGAAGGAGCUCUGUAAAUGGUAGUGUUUGCAACUCUUUGUUUCUUCUGCAAUUAAACUAUUUCUUCGUGUAUGUGUGUGCCUCAGCAGUGUCACUCUAAUACCAGUAUUUUCUGCUAAGAAUCAGUAGUUUCUAUCAACUGAAUCCAUAUUUUGUGAGAGUAGAAGUAAGUUUAAUCUAAAAAUACAGAUGAGUCUAAUAGUUUCUAUGGUAACUUGUGACCAUGGCAACAGAAAGGUAGCACUCUGAAAAACUGAUAGAGGGUAAGGUUUUUUGUAUGUUUGUUUCAUUUUAAAUCAACAAGCUAAUUAACAGCACAAAUAUUUCAGGAAAAACAAUGACUUUAUUUUUUAACCAUAUAGGAUUGCAUUGAUACAAGAGAUUUCCAUCUCAGAAUAUAUUGGAAUUUUAGUAGGCAUAUAGUGAAACUACAUGCAAUCUUUGUGGUUUUGAAAAAGAAGAGUUCUCUUAUCUGCUACGUCAUACACAGAAACUUAGAUUCAAGACAGGUGAAGGACAUAUCAGGAAGUUGCUGUAGGAAGGAGAAUAGUUUAGAACAGGAACAGAGGCUAUUAUUAAAUGUGUAGCAUAGCUUUGGUAUGUUUCUGUUCCACCUUCCCAUCAUGAGAUCAGAGAGUUAAACAGCACAGUGCUUUCAGAUCAGUGCUAAGUUUUGGCUGCUCUGAAGCAGUUGAGACCCCAAGAGACGUUACAAGCCACUGUAAGAAGGAAUAAUGAUUUUAAGAAUAUUUACAGUAAAUAUAUGUUAAAGGACGUACAAGUGACUCUCAGGACUAAAUCUUGUAUGUAGCAAAUGGCUCUCUGCGAGCAUAGAGAUAAUGUAAAAUCUCCGUACUACCAACACUAAGCCUAAAUUUUAAGGGGAAAUGUGCUGGAUCUGAAUUUGGUCAAAGCCAUACUGCAGAAUUUUUCAAGCUUACUCUUUUUCCCUAGGCCUUGUCUGAAAACUGAAUGGAAAUUAAGGUAUUGCUAUCAUCACCUAAAUAUAGAGCAUGUCUUUAAUUAAAUAGAAUCGAAACUUCAUUUAGAAGCUAACUUCUAUAAAAGCUAGCUGUUCUGACUGAUUUGCAUUUGCCACAGGGUUGCUCCAGCUAAUCAGCAGAGUCACUGAGGUGCUCUCAGGCCAUUAAGUGAGAAAACAGUUUGGGAAAAAAAAAAAAAAAAAAAGCAGGCUAAACUGAAUUGAUUCAAAUAGUCCAGUCUUCUCUCUCUUGUACUGCUCGCUUCAUGUGAUGACCAGUGGAUAGUGUGGAAUUAACACGCAUCUUGGAAAAGCUGCUUCCUGACACUGUCAUCUUUUUACUCGUGCUCUAAAGCAUUGCGGUGUUUAAUGACUGGUUUGUUGUUUUGAUUUUUUUAUGAUAGAGGUUUUUUUUAAUUAUUUCUCUAGUGUUUUUGUAGAGUCAAAAUGUUUGGUCAAUUGCUGCAAAGUACUGAUGGCAGGAGUGCUGGAACUAGAUGGUCUUUUGGUCUCUUCCAACCCAAGUCAUUGCGUGAUUCUACAAUUAUUCUGUUAAAUAUCAAAACCCUAAGGCAUCAAGAUCUUGUCAUACUUGCUUUCUUACCCAAGUUCUUUUAAGGAAGAUAAUUGCGUAUUAUCCCUUUGAUAUCUUGCUAUUUUGUUCUUUUUUUUUUUUUCCUCCUGUUCCAAAGAACUUGUUUUCCUUCCUUUUUUCUCCAGAGUACUGUACUUUGUGUGUGUGUGUGUGUGUAUGUGCAUGUGCUUUCAUUCAAGAGGGUACCAACUAAUUCUUAAUUCACUUGAUUAUACUUUUAAAAGCAGCUUUCCUGGUCAGGUCCUCCUCCCUGGCAAUAAGGGUCACAAAUCUGUAAAUACAGCCCUUCUGCUAGGAUUAAAGAGUCUUUGGGACACUUGUUGUAUUGCAUCUGUUCAAGCUGUAUUCAUUUGCUGUAGGCUGCAAUAACUGACAAGACAAAAAGACAUCAUCAAAGACUAAAUUUUGAAUAUUACAUAUUGCUAAUGUUUUUAAUGAGUCUCUUUUCUUUUCUAAGUGGUGCUUCAAGCAGAAGUAUAGGGUGGCGUUGUUCAAUAAAUGUUGCUUUGAAAGAGACUAAGUUAUUUAUUUGAUUUAGGGGAAGAGGAUGAAGUUCUAGAAGUGAUUUACUCACUUUUCACUUCUAAUUUAUUUUGUCAGUUAAAUGCUUUGUGGAACUUAAACUGAAAAUUCCAUCUGUCACUAGAAAAAAUUUGCAGGUAAUUGCAGGUAUGCCCUUUCGUUCUUUGCUGUUGAGCUUACAUAUUUCCCUUAUUUUUUUUUCUUGCCCUUCUCUCCCCCACUCCCCCUAAGUUCCUCUUUCCUAUGCUCGAGUAUUUUUCUUUAAAAGGCUAAUGUUUCGUUAGUUUCUCAAAGCACUGUCCUAUAUAGCUUUAAUUUCUCUAUGUCCUUCACUUGUGUUUAGUUUUCUAUCUUUCCGCUGUUGAAUGAAGAUAAUGAAAAUUAAUACAAAACCCUACUAUUUCUGCUACGUAAAAAUCAAGGCAAAUCUAAAGACUCUGGUUUGUUUCCUCAUAUGUUGCCAUUCAAUAAUUAGGUUGUUUCCACUUUCUAACUGUUAAAUGAAGACUUGGAUUCAAUACACAACUAUAUAUUUAUAUAUGUGGCCUUUUUGCUUGUGUGAGUACAGAUCAUGGUAGAGUCAAGUACUAUUACUGAAAUGUGUCUGAGAAACCCACCUCAGUUGCAACUACAGAUAACUUCUUGGGGGGGCGGAUAGAGGGAUGAAAGGAUUUAUAAAUACAUAUACAUAUAUAUAUGUAUAUAUGUUUGUGUAUAUAUAUAUGCAGAUUUGGAGAGUGGUGAAUAUCAUAUGCAGAGGCAUGAAUUAUUUGUCAAUGCUACGUAGUUAGAAUACUUACUUGUGUGAUAUUGGUGAUAAAUCUGCUGUCCCACAGAACAGGUAGCAAAAACUCAGCAAACUUACUGAGGCACAUGUGUUGCUAACAAAUGGGCAGAGAGGGUAUGUGAAAUUAAAAGAAGAGAGGGAAAAAAAGGACCAUAGGAAUAACUUUCAGUGGUUGGCAUCAAUGAUUGGUCCUAGACAGUAAAGUGGAUAAUCAGGGCAAGCAGUUAUAUAGUGAGCAUGAUAAGAGAUGCAUUCAGUUAGCAGGGUUCUCUUGACAUCUUUCUACUUUGUGUUUUGGAUAGUACGUGAAUUCUUGAACUGAGGGACUGUGGUUUGUGUCUGAACUUAGUAACUUCAACAAUGAACUGGCUGAGUCUCUGUGUUUGAAUUGAGUUGAAAUCCUUAGCUAAAAUUCAGCCUAUCCUGAGCUGGCAUGCUCUUUUCUACUGGUUUUUCUACUGGUUGGAGAGGGGAAUGAUCUGUGUUCUUGAAAUAUCUAGGAACUAUUGGAGUUGUUUCCUAAUCACAGAUAUCAUUUAGCCACAUAGGGGGUCAAAAUGAAAACACCAACAAAUGAAGUGACUUGAGUGUAAAGUCUUUGUGCUUCUGUCCUGAAUUUGACAUGUGAAACCAGGCCUGCUUUCUACUGGAUCAUGCUACAGAUAAUGGUAAAGGAAAAAAAUAAGGUAGCUUCAUUUUAAACUCUCUUAGUCCAUUUGCUAGAAGUGGUAGAAUUUAGGGUAAGAUGGUAUCCAUAAUGUUCUGAUUUCAGUCUUAAAAUGUAUAUAUGUUGUGUGUGAAUUGUUAUAUUUCGUGUAAUUGUACCUUACCAUUUAGCUGCUUUUUUUCUAAUCUGUUUUGUUUACUUGUCUGUACUUCAUGAAAAAAUUUUCUUGGAUGGUCUUAAGAGGGUGAAGACCUUCUUGAAAUGUUACAUCUGAAGAAAAGAAUCAGAGAUUCUGCAGAAGAAACAAAAAAUUAUUUCAGGGAAAGUUUGAUUAAACAAUCCAGACAGCUCUUGUGCAUGUUUGUGUGUUAGUGAAUUACAGGGGAAGGAGAUAAAAACUUCCAAUUACUUAGCAUCAAAGAAAUAUUGUUGUUCUACCCUCCAAUAAAGAUGGAACAGUGAAAAUGUGAAGCAAAUAAGCAAAACUUUUUAGUUACGAUUUUAUUAUCUUAAUGAGAAUAAAUC